AAAACAGUCGGAAUGUAAUAUUUGUUUUUUUCCGGAAGGGAAAACUACGAAACCAAUCUGGCCAUUCGAUUAUCUGAAGAAAUUCUUGUCGAGGGAAUCGUCCAUGAGAUAAGGUCGGUGUUUUCCCUCCAAAUCGCUGAAGACCCAGACGCCGAACCAUGCGUCGCAAUUGUUGCCAUGCGUUCUUAGCUUUCCUUCUUAAAUUCUUAAAUUUUCUUCAUGCUUUCGUGGGGGUUUCAAUUCUCCUCUACUCGAUAUGGAUGAUCAAUCAAUGGAACCAUCACAUUCCUGUUCAACCUUCGCCGGCUAGUUCUCCAACUUCUUCCUCCCCAUCUAUCUCCUCUAAUUCUCGCCCCAACUGGGGUUCUGCACAAUUCACCCCUUUAAAUCUUGCCGCCGACACGGUUUCCAGAUUCGAUGGUGGACUUCUCCUCGAUUUCAGUUCCUGCAAGCUUCCCACACCUUGGUUCAUCUACUCUUUUAUGGGGUUGGGUAUAGUGUUGUGCUGCAUUACUUUCUUGGGUUGCAUUGCAGCUGAAGUUAUUCAUAGUUGCUGCUUGUGCUUUUACACGAUACUCAUUUCAGUAGUCCUCUUACUAGAGGCUGCUCUGGUGGGACUCAUUGCAAUUGACCAUCACUGGGAAGAGGAUUUUCCAUAUGAUCCAACUGGUGAACUUGAUAGCCUUCGGGCAUUCAUUGCAGAUAAUAUAGAUAUAUGUAAAUGGAUUGGCCUUGCCGUGCUUAUAAUCCAGGCUUUAUCUCUUCUACUGGCAUUAAUUCUGCGAGCCACAAUUUCUCCUCAGAAAGCAGAUUUUGAUAAUGAGGAUGACUAUGAUGUUGGUGGUAGGAACUGGGAACCCCAACUGAAUCAUCCAUCUGGCCAGCCAUCUGGAUCUACCAAGAGUCAAAACAAAGGAAUCAUCUCAAACAUCUGGAACUCACGGCUAAGAGAUAAGGUAUGCUGUAUGGAUUAAACUCUGGUGACAAGUACAGCUUACCAGUUCAGAACUCCUUACUGGGCAGUAAUUCCAGGCAGUGAGAUCUCUUCAGGCCCACGAGCAAUUCUGUAUCAUAUGUAUAUGCGUAUAUCUUUGGUUUCAGCAUUUUCUUUUCAGUUGUCUCAUUUGUAUUUUAGAAAAUCUACAUGCAUAAAUGUAUUUUAUCGCCACUUCCUUUUGACCCCCCACCGCGGGGCCCUUAAUAAGUAUCAGAAUGUUGUGUAUAGAAUCAGAAUUCGGCCAUUCAGCACCUCUCACAUACAUAUUCAUUUAUAGACUUAGAUACUUCUACUGCCUGAAAAUCAAGUUCUGGAGUAGAUCGACAUUGAUGUAAUUUAGAUAUUUUUAUGAAAUAAAUUUGUCGUCAAUAAAUGGUAAAUAUGACAA